AUGGAAAAAGACAGCAAAAAAGAGGAGUACAAUACUCUGAAGACAAAUUAUAAAUUGCUAUAGAAACAACUCAGAGAGGAAAUCAAAGUAAAAGGUGAGUUGAACGAAGAGAUUACUCAGCUAAAGACGACUCUGAUCAAGAAAUAAGAAGAAAUAGAAUCUUUUUAGAUUAAUAAUUAGGGCUUGAUUAAGAGAAUAUAGCUACUUUAAGAAAAGGAUAAGGAAGGGUCGACAAAAUCAUCAGGAUCUUACGGCUGGAACAUCUUUGGAAGUUCUGGUUAUCAGACAUCGAAAGAAGAAUUCGAGAAAAUGAAUACUUAAUUUAAGAUUGUUUAGGAAGAAUUGGAGGCAAAGAUAUUGGAAAAUACAAUGGUUCAUGAGAAGAUUUUCCAUUUGAGUAGAGAUUAUCAAGACAGGAUUGAUGCUUUGGAAAAAACAACCGAAAUGAAUAAGAUCACGAUUCAUGAAUUAGAGACUAACUUAAAUGCAAAGGUAGAUGAAAAUUUGAAGUUGCUAGAGAUUAUUGACAAUGAAAAAAUUGUUUAGCAGAAAAUAUAAGAAGAAUUGCGCAAUCUUUAAGAAAAGUAUAGUUUGGAAAUAGAUAAUUGGAAUCAAAAGUUUGAUGAGCUUAAGUAUGAAUUAGAAGAAGCAGGCCAUAAAUUUAAGCAGAAAAUGCCAUUUGAUCCAUUUAAUAAUACUUUCAAUCAUUUAAAUGAAGUUAAGUGCACUAAGUAACAGCAAGAGAAGCAAGUUAAUUCGAUUAAACAAAUUUAAUCUACCAUCUCGAAUUUACAAAAGGGUCUAGAACAAAUGCUGAAUUAAGCCAAGAUAUUUUUAGAUGGAUAAUCGCCAGUUGGAGAUAAUCUCUCUCAGACUUUCUAGAAAUUCCUCAAAUAUAUUCACAGAAUAAACUUUUUGGAUGAGUAAUCUAAUAUUUUAAUAAAGAGUUCAGAUGCCAAAACAAUUAAUGAAAACUUGAAAAAAUGUCUAUAAAACAUCAAAUACUCACUCUCAUAAAUUUCCAAUGAAAUUGAUACAUUCAAAGAUCAGUCAUAAGAUGCUUAUGCAUAGGCCUUGUUUAUUUAAAACGUUAGUGAAGAAUUACUAAAAAUAAAGAAUGAACUUCAGAGUAUGGCAAAGUAAUACAAGAGGAAAAUUUAGUUAAUAAAGGAUGACAAGAUAAUGUUCAAUAAGUUUGAGACUAAAAGCAAUAACUUGAAAAUUUUAGGUGAGGAACUUUUGAAUCAAUUGCAUUUAUUAACAGGCUAGGUAGACUAGACUCAUAACUCUAUCAAUAUGCUGAAGUCACUGGCUUUGAUUAAAAAUUCUGAUCACAAAGGCAAAACUUUAUAAGCGUAUGUCUCUCUGAAUUUUUCAAAUGCUUCAAACUAGCAAGGAGUGAAUAAUUAUGAGAUUUAAGGCCUUAUUAAGAAUAUUGAUCAAAUUCCUUUAUCUAUACCAUAUGAAGAAUAGGUAGCAAAUAAAUAAUCAAUAGUUUCUAAAGACUAAGAAAUAAGGCAACUUAAUGGAUAGAUACUAAAGAUUGAAAACGACAAUAAAGACAACAACAACCUUAUUGAUUAGCUGAAAUAACUUAAAAUUAAGCUAGAAUCUUCUCUAAAACUUAGAUAAAAUGAUAAUCAAAAUUUAAAGGAACAAAUUCUUGUGUGGAUUGAUUAAGUACAAGAAAAAUAUUAAGAUUCAAAUUUCUCUUAGAACCAAUAACAAGAAUAAAGUUAAAACAGCUAUAAGAAUGAGUAUAUGGAAUAAUUAUUAAGUUUGAAGUAACUAGUAAGUGAUGAUAAACUUGACGAAGGUAUGAAUUAAUCAAAGGGAAAUAAUGAUGAUAAAAUCAUCAUUCAGCAGAUAGUUUAAGAUAGUAGAGAUUUCUAUCUUUAUGAGGAUGUUUAUAAAGGUAUGCAGAAACUUUCGAUCCAAGUUUAAAAACAUCAGGGAUAAAAUGUAGCUUUAAACCACUUUACUAGUUAGAGUAUAGACCAGAAAUUAGCAUUACUUUAGGAAAAAUCACUUUAAAAAGUAUUAUAAAUGGCUUAGAAACUUCACAAUAUGAAUAAAUUAUCCUAAGGCAGUAAUCUUUAAGUCAUUGAGAAGGAUAGAGAGUGGAAGUUGAAAUAUGACAAGCUAAAGUCAGACCUUGAUACCCAGAUCUAGCAAUUAAACUAUUAGUUAGAAAACGCCAUCAAUGAUAAGCAGGUAAUUAGUAGAAAUUAUGAAGAUUAGUUGAAGAUGAUGGGAGAGCUUUUGGUUGAUUUGAAUACUGAAAAUGAUAAGCUUAAAAAAUCUCAGUGA